AUGACGGCUGAGAGCGCCGUGCUUCGCACCCUCUCCAAGCAUCGUCUGCCAAAUCCGAUUCGAUUCUCGAGCUUAUGUGGACCUCGAGAUCUGCUCGCAGUCGUGCACUCCACAUGGGACAUCUCUGUUUAUCGAAUCAUAUCUGGCCAGGUCGCAUUUGUAAUCAAACGUCGAGAUGAUUGCGAGGUACGAUCGAUUGGAUGGCGCUCCGAUGGAUCGAUGCUAGCUGUUGCUUGGAAUGAUGGAAGUUAUGCCGUUCAUGACGGAGAGCGCGGAGGUGUAAUCAGCACCGGGCGGAGCGAAGCGAACCAAAAUCAACAGGAUGAUGAUUGGAGGCUGGACCUCCGACCUACAUUCGAAGAUGACGAUGAGACAAGUGAAUCCAUUUGCCAAUUCAGUUGGGACUCGCACACCGUCCCUGGACGGUCCAUCGGUCAAGUAAAGGACAGCCACCUGUCACUGGAUGACUGGGGUAGCGAAUCUCUCCACGAAAACAAAGAGCUUCAGAGCAAAGGCUUCGACCACGUUGCAGGAGCCCUCCCGGGUGCUAUCACUAGCCUGGAUGUCACCACGAUUCUUCCACGACUCAGUGCGAUACCUGCUCACGGAAUGUCUUUGAUUAAAGCUGGUCCUGCUGGCAACAAAUUCGCAACAUUGGUGGCUGCUGACGAAGUGUUCGAAACGCGCAAGGAGUCCGGUACUGGCACCGUCGAAGCUCUGGUCGUCUGCCAGGCAGAUGGCGUCGCACAAGUGCUCUUAGACGAGACUGUGAAGAUCGGUUCAUCCCAGGUCGGCCGAAACUCGUUUCUGCAUGCGUCGCAUCCCCAGAGCUCCUACCAUACCAUCCUGUCGAAUGAAGACCAAUCCCUACUUCGGAUUGACUUUGUUCGACUGCCUCUUAGCACACUGGGCAGCCCGCUACUACACGUCAUUGCUAGCAACACGAAGCGAAUGCAAAGUCUGCUCGAUUAUGUACUCCAUACUGUACGAUGCAUCGAGCAUGACUUCACGACCGGGCAACAAUUCCCAACACGGUUGAUGAAGUCUUUGAGCGGAAUGCUCAGCGACAGCGAUGAAGGUGACGCAAUUCUUGGUCUCUACCACCUUGCCUUGACAGGAGAAUUCAGUGCUCCCAUACUUGAGUGGCUUACUGAUAUAGUGCAAGACAAUAACCACAAGCGAUGGGACACGGCAGUGGGCUCUAUGUACACUAAUAUCCAACACCACCUCUUCAUCAAUCUUUCACCGGCUCUGGAGCGUUUCAGUAUUGCUGCUUGUGAGCUUCGUGGCCAGGCGAUCUUCCACGAAGGAUCCUCCAAGUUCGAUUGUGCACCAGAGUUAUUCACAAACAUCUUGUGUGCUGUCGACAGCUUGCGGGUGCUUGCCGAGCAAUGUUCGUCCAUUGUGAUAACCGAGCACAAGCAAUUUCGAGCUUUCAGCAAAUGGCUCAAGAUGCAAAUCGAAAUCGGAACAGCAGAACCAUUCUCAAACGGUGCUGUCGAGAUCGAAGAACGCGAAGUGCCAUCGCUAGACUACUCUUUAAUUUCCAGAUAUAUCAAGGAGACAAUGACAAAAAGUCGCCUGGUGCCAUACAUUGACACCAAACAAGAAUUUCAACAGCAACUGAGCAAGCACGACUUUUCGGCGCAUGCUUUCGUUAAGCAGCUGAAAUUUGGAGAAGCUACAGAUGCAGUAUUGGACGAUGAGAAAGCAUGGGCGAAGCGGGCUAUGAACGGCGCACCCCAAUCGGCAGUGGCGUCUGCUUCAUUAAAUAUUCCAGCUACCGCGGCCGUGUUGCAAGGUCAUAUUCGCAUGGCAUUGGAGAAAAUCACCGCUUGGCAGAGCCGGAUGCUCGAACCAUCGUUCAAAGCCACUUUGUCUCUGGAGGAGGGAUUGACGGCCGCUGAUAUGGCUCUGCAAUCACCGGGUCAGAAACUCAUCCCAAAAUUCCCAGCAAUCGCACACAUAGUCGCUGUUCCUCCAAAGUCUUUGAAGGCAGCGACGCAUCUGACUACCUUUGAAGUAAGGUUACCAAUUCCCUCAACGACGAAGACGCGUUUGUCAUUCGCAGAAAGCUCUCGCCUCACGCCUGAUCGACCACAACCUGAACCAGAGACAAUCACAGUGACGAGGUCCUUCUCGAAAGCCGGUCAAGUCAUCGACGCGAAACUGUUCCCGGCGAUUCACCAAUGCAUCCUUAGCCUUGUUCGCUAUGAGGACGAGCAUUGUACUGCACUGAUGCUGCACACUGCAGAUCAUUCGGCAUCUGCCGUUGUUGUCCAUUCUUUCCCAGCAGAAGGUGGAUUUGCGCCCCAGAAAAUGACUGUAGGAGGACGUCCGGGUAAAUACGUCUGUGUGGUCGUCGGCAACCGUGGACGAGAUUGGGUCGUACUAGAUCUAGGCCGUCUGUCGACUAGUUUGGCGAAUGAACAGCGAAGCACUACUGACGAGCUGUAA